CAGAAACUUUAUCAAACUGGCAUGAACGUCUUUUCACAACCUAGUUCCACUUCUCCAUGUGUAUGGACAUACGCAACUCUAUUGGAUAGCGUUCUUUUUUCCAUACAAGCUGGGUCAAAACCAAAAAUGAACCAAAUAUGGAACAGAAUAAAAACCAAACUGCAUUGAUUGAUUCUGAUUUGAAAAGAGGUUCUUAUUUGAUUGUGGUCAGGUUAUGAUUUCCAAACGCUGCAUCCAAAAUCGAAAAAUCAAAACCACACCAAUUGACACCCUUAUUCAAGCUAGUUCAUAGGCCUGAAUCGACUUUGUGAGACCUAGCCCUAGCCUGGCCAUAUAACUCCGCUAUGCUCUAGCCACCAAAGAGAGCAACAACAUCAUGACUGGAAGAACAUUUCAUCAAACAUUUGUGUGGCACCUACUUCUAGUUCUAACCUAAGUUUUCUAACCACAAGCAUUCGAUGACCAACUUAUCUCACUAUUUAAAACCAUCCUAUUGAUCAUGAUGACUCAUGGUUCUCAAAGUCCCUGUGAGUACUUGAUUUCAAGACUGUUCAUCUCCAGGUGAUUCUUGAAGCUAGCUGUGCUAAAGAAAUGGAUCAAAACCUUGAAAUAAGAGGGAAAGUAUGUGUGACAGGGGCGUCCGGGUAUCUGGCUUCUUGGCUUAUCAAGCGACUCCUCUUGUCUGGUUAUCAUGUUAUAGGAACCGUCAGAAACCCUGAAAAUGAAAAGCUAGCAUUUCUUUGGCAAUUGGAAGGAGCGAAAGAGAGACUGAAAUUGAUGAAGGCGGAUUUGAUGGAGGAAGGAAGCUUUGAUGAUGCCAUCGUGGGAUGUGAAGGUGUCUUCCACACUGCUUCUCCUGUUGUGGGACCUAAUUCCGAUCCCAAGGUUGAAAUCUUGGAUCCAGCAAUUAAGGGCACCUUAAACGUGUUAAGAUCAUGCAAGAAGAGUCCCUGCCUUGAGAGAGUUGUCCUAACAUCGUCUUCAGCAGCUAUAAGAGCAAGAGAUGAUUUCGACUCUCAAAUUCCUUUGGAUGAGUCGUCUUGGAGCUCUAUUGAAUUGUGCGAAAGCCUCAAGAUUUGGUACGCAUUAUCAAAAACACUAGCUGAAAAGGCAGCAUGGGUGUUUGCCAAUGAGAACAAGAUUGAUCUAGUUACUAUUCUUCCCACCUUCAUCAUUGGACCAAGUCUGCCAGUCGACUUAUGUUCCACUGCCUGUGAUGUCCUUGGUUUGCUGAAAGGUGAUUCUGAGAAAUUCUCGUGGCAUGGAAGGAUGGGAUAUGUUCAUAUCGAUGAUGUAGCACUCAUCCACAUCCUUGUUUAUGAAGAUAGAAGUGCUAAUGGAAGAUACCUCUGUUGCUCCACAGUAUUGGAAAACUAUGAGUUGGCAUCUUUGCUAUCAAAGCGAUAUCCAUCACUUCCUAUUCCAAAAAGGUUUAUGCCCCUCUUGAAGGAUAGAGCCUAUUAUAAUUACAACACAUCUAAGGUCGAGAGCUUGGGCUUCAAUUUUAGAAGCAUUGAAGAGAUGUUUGAUGAUUGUGUUGCGUCGCUUAAGGAACAAGGCCGUCUAUAAUCUCUAGAGGAGACAUCUUAAUUAAUAUUUUAAGAACUUUGCUUUCACUUAUUUUCUUUUGUUUGGUAUCAAUUAACCCUACAGUUCAAAAUUAAGUAUCAAUUAUCAAUAUAUGUUCGCACUCUAGUAACUAAA